CCUCAUUCCUCUUUCUCAGGCAAUUGCUGAUCUUACGGUUCCUGACGAUUGGAAAGUUGUCCGAGACAAGCCACACUGUUGGCGUAUAUUUCGUGUAGAGGCAUGGGAGGUCAAUAACGCAAGAGUAUCCACCGAAAUUGUGAUUGACCAGGAUAGGAAGACAGGACACUCAUUCGUCAGCGUAAAGGCACACGGAUGUCAGAGGAAUUUGAGCAGCAUCUAGGAAUUUGCGGCAAUCUCGUUACUGGGCAGAGUUAAUUUGGCACUGAACUAUGCUCAGAAAUCCUCGUUUUGCAACGGAAUAUCCCUUUCAGAUGGAUACAUGAUACAUGAGCAAAGAAGACGUCGUGUUGCAACUGAACCAGCAAAAGAAGCAACGAUUCAAUGCAGAAAAAAAAGAAGAGAUAAUGGAGGGAAAAAUUUGAAACUGAAUCCCUGCAGUGAGAGGAGGAGGAUCACAGGGAUCUGUCCACAAUCUUACACAACAUAGACAAGUCUAAAGUUCCACAGGAAAUGGAAUGCCCCUGGGCCCAACAGAAAAGUAUCAUGGCCACCAAAAGUAAGCGGAGUUACAGAUGGCACCCGAAGUAAGUUGUUUUCCGCAGGUGUAUCUGUAUAAUAGGUGUUACUCACCUCUAACAAAAUAAGUACUUCAACGACAAGGUAGAAAGUAAAAUGAAAUAAAUGGCAGGAAAAAAUACGCUUAUUAGAUUACCCUAACCAACAGGCCGUGGGCGAAGCGGUCGUUUAUGCACCUAGUAUCUUAAAAAUUUGUUUUAAUAUGCUCCCCCACGAGUUCCCCCUCAGCUAUGCAGACCAGUACAUAGCACUCAGUGUUAGAUUGUACGUACGUAAUGUCAUUCAAUAACGCUUAAUGAAUUUUUCUUUGACAAUAUUAUUUUACAGGAUCAUCAGAUUGUGCAUUGACCUGUAUUGUAAGAACCCCCACGUCCUUGACCCCUUAGGAAAUUUAUCAUUCUUCCAAGCAACCGCACUAACAGGUAACCUUGUUUGUGGCAUAUCAUUUGACACGACCAUACUUGACCUUUUAAAUUUAAAGAUGAUCUCAUAAUGAAAACGAUGAACAUGUUUACCUUUUAAUUUAGAAAAAUUAAAUUAAAAAGCCAUGUUCAUUAAUUUCACAGACUCUAUAAGUACAAAGUAGAAGAAAAACCUGGCUGGAACGAUCAAGUGCUAAAUUGGUGCCUGGAGACUGC